CGAGAGAGAGAGAGAGAGAGAGAGAGGGGAGUGGAAAGGAAACGGAAAAGACGAAACACACACAAUCCUCCUAAUUUCAAAACCCCGGACUGUGCAGAAGAAAAGACAACUCGCUGAAAAAAAUUACACUUCUAACCACCUAUUUAUUUGUCAUUCUACCCUCCCUUUUACUUUUCCGUUUUUUCUGUCCUUAUUAUCAGUCGGUGGUAGAUUGAACUCCCCUGCUCUACUCAGUAAAAGGUCCCAGUGUUCGCUGGAGCAGACAUGCCCCCCCAGCCGGAGGUGAGCACACAUUUCCGGGACUUCCUCAAGAGUUUUCUCGGCAUCAUCCGAAUUCUCCAAAUCAUAUUCGGAGCUGGACUAUGGGUCACAAUCGCCGCCAACAAAUACGAAGGCUCCAUCCACUUCGUCCUGUUUGUGGCAGUCCUCUUCUGGCUCCUCACCCUCGCCGCCUUCUUCAUCACUCUCCUGGACAAGAAGGACCUCGUCCCCAUUUUAGGAGGGGACCGGUGGUUGCUUAGCAACCUUCUUCACGACAUCGCGGCCGCGGUGCUUUAUCUACCGGUGAUCGGCGUCAUGAUCUACAAAACGGAGCGCUACGCAUACUGCAACCUGGAGCAAUACAAACACAACUGCCUGUAUAAAGUCUACUUGGCUGCCACUGUGUUCGCAUGUCUGGGCGCUGUGGUGUAUCUUGUCUCCGCGGUGUAUGUGGGCUGUAGGAAGUGCCGGGGUGAGCAGACGGUGGUUUGAGAGAGAAGGGAGGACAGAGGGGAACAGAGUGAGGGAUAGGGCAGAGGACUGGUGGAGGGAGGCGAGAGGCGAGAGCUUUCCCUGGAUAGGGGAGAGGACACGGGUGGAGAGGGGGUAUUUUAUGUCCUCCAAAACUGAGUGUCUUCUUGGCUCAAACUCCUACAGGUUUGUCGAUAUUCUGUUCCGUAAUUUAAUGUCAGUAUCAUUUCAGUAGCUUACCAAAGUAUAUAUUUUAUAUUUUUAUCUGUGUGUUUUUUUGUUGGACUAUAAUACUUUUUUGGUAGGCCUACUCCAGUGUUUUUGUUUUGACUGACAACAACAUUCCAAAGCUCUGAGAUGUCCAGUCCAGGCAUGGGCGUGUUAUCCAUGCCUUUAAAAACAAAUACCUUAUGCUUUUCAGCCUACAACAAGCUGUAAUAGCAAGGACAUGAGAUUAUAUGCCUUUGAUAUGAAAAUAACUAUACCAUAAUUGUUGCUAAUGUUUUUAAGUGUUCUUUUAGCAAGAAUGAAUCCUUGUCUAUAUCAAAAACAAAACCAAGUCUGUUCCUAAUUAAAGUGUCCUUCAUGUUAAGACCAAAUGUUGAUGCAUUAAAACCAAUGUCAGGGUUCUU